GCGGCGCUGUGGUGGGAGGCCGCUUCCGGUGCGGAGCCGGCGGCCCGGUUGUGGGUGGGUGGUUCGCGGUGUGUCCCUGUUCGUCGGCUUCUCGUUCGUCGUUAUGUCAGCCUUGGAGAAGCAGCUGCACCUGGGCCGCCUCCCUCCCCGGCCUCCAUUGCCCGGUGGCGGCGGCCAGUCCGGCUCCAAGAUGCGCAUGGGCCCUGGAAGAAAGCGUGAUUUUUCACCGGUGCCUUGGAGCCAGUACUUUGAAUCUAUGGAGGACGUUGUGGUAGAAAAUGAAACUGGCAAGGAUACUUUUCGAAUUUACAAAAGCGGAUUGGAGGGGCCUGUCUUGCUGCUGUUACAUGGUGGAGGCCAUUCUGCGCUUUCCUGGGCUGUAUUUACUUCCGCAAUCAUUAACAGGAUUCAGUGCAGGAUUGUGGCGUUAGAUCUCCGAGGCCAUGGAGAAACGAAAGUUAGGAAUCCUGAAGAUCUGUCUGCAGAGACCAUGUCAAAAGACGUUGGAAACGUGGUUGAAGCUCUGUACGGGGACCUUCCUCCCCCUAUCAUGCUGAUUGGGCACAGCAUGGGGGGUGCCAUCGCAGUGCACACGGCCGUCGCCAAUCUGGUGCCAAGUUUACUGGGUCUGUGCAUGAUUGAUGUUGUGGAAGGUACAGCCAUGGAUGCGUUGAACAGCAUGCAGAACUUCUUAAGGAGUCGUCCCAAAACAUUCAAGUCACUUGAAAAUGCCAUUGAGUGGAGUGUAAAAAGCGGACAAAUAAGAAAUCUUGAAUCUGCCAGAGUUUCUAUGGUCGGUCAAGUCAAACAAUGCGAAGGGGCUGCCAGUCCCGAAUGUCCUAAAGCCAUAGUGGAGGGUAUUAUUGAAGAGGAGGAGGAGGAGGAAGAGGAUGAGGAGGGGGGAGGCUCUGUCAACAAAAGGAAGAAAGAAGAUGACACAGAGACAAAGAAGGAGCACUUAUACACGUGGCGAAUUGAACUGGCGAAAACAGAAAAGUACUGGGAUGGCUGGUUCAGGGGUUUAUCUAACCUCUUCCUAAGCUGCCCAACUCCAAAGCUCUUGCUUUUAGCUGGUGUUGACAGGCUGGAUAAAGAUCUAACAAUUGGACAGAUGCAAGGGAAGUUUCAGAUGCAGGUCCUCCCGCAGUGUGGCCAUGCAGUCCAUGAAGAUGCUCCAGACAAGGUUGCUGAAGCUGUUGCGACGUUCCUGAUCCGUCACAGGUUUACAGAGCCCAUUGGUGGAUUCCAGUGUGUGUUUCCUGCUUGUUAAUACCCUGGUGUUCUCCAGCACUGAGUCCUGUUGUAAAUAAACUGCACCAGAGGCCACUGUGAUGUAUCCAUAUCCUUUCAUCUCUCCAGUUCAGCAGCAGUGAGAAGUUGGUGUGAGAUUCAUCCCCUAGAACUAGUUCUCCAGAAUGUGUAAAUGCUUAGGGACUUCCUUGCUGGGAAGCAGCUUGUACUGAAGACCAUGAAAAGCUCUUCAGGCCCUUGGAAGUGGGCUCCUCUCUGCUGCCGCAAGGGAAGACCUCCUGAAAUCCCAAGUAGUCGAUCAUACCGAUCUCCAUCAAUUCUCAGGCUUUCUUGGACCCAGCGGCAAAGGGGCCAUUGGCAGUCCGGAUCCACUGAGGGCAUUGCAGCAUAGCCCAAGGCUUUCAGGAUUUCUCUAUGGAAUCGUCUAAUCAUCUUGAAAGUGCCCCUUAGGCUUGGUUUGUUUUUUUUUUAUAUAUACACGUUCCUUUCCCCUAAAGCAGAUGAGGAAUCGGCUUCACUGGGAGCUCAGGUUUCGUCUCACCAAUGCCAGCCUUAUGAGUUAAGCUGCGGGAACAGCCUAGAUGCUACUUACCUGUGCAAAGUUGGACAGGACUGUAAAACAAAAAGGCGAGGGGGGACCAUGAGCUCCAUUUCAGUGUCUUGCAGCUUUCUCGAUACUUGUUUCAAGUUCUCACUAAGAAAAAUAGCCUGGAUAACGCCAUCUACCGCAGACACGUAACAGGCAGGGGACUCUUGGCCUGCGUUUACGGGGAAGACCCAAGAGCAGCAGUAACAACGUGAUCUGCUGGCAGUUUGCCUGUUCGGCCAUGCUCUGUGCCUGGAAUGUGUUUACGCUUCCCUUCUCGUAGCCGUUACACGCAACGGAGCAGAGAUCGGCGCCUUUUGGAUGAAAAAGUGCGGUAGGUUAAAGCCUGGAAGAGCUUGGAGUCAGUCCUGCUGGUGUUGAUGCAGAGGCAGCUGCUGCUGCGUUAUGCUCCCCCCAGUUUUGGAGGAAAGACCUCGUUUUCACUGUCACUUCCUAGAUCGUUUCGCUGCCUGCCUUCCAUAUUUCCAUGUAAAUGCAGUACUUACACGGAGAGCUUUUCUUCAGGGUUACAUUAUCCACAGACAGUUCAUCAGAUUGCUUUCACCUAAGAAUCACUCUUGCGCGUAAGAGCAGACACCCGCUGGAGCGGUUUUCCUCGAUAUUUUGCUGGUGGAUGUCUGAAAUCUUUUCGUUUCUUUGGUUUUGCCUUGUCUCCAUAACCCCUUGAUGCUGUAUGAUGAAAGCAGUAUUUUAACGCUGUUCUGCUGAGGCGGAAUUUUGUUGGCCUGAUUUGGGAGCUGCGAUGUGCACAUCUAUGCAUACGCCCUGUGAUGAGAGCCGUCGUCAAUUCUUGGCAUUUUGAGAGGUUGCAGGUGGGGCAAAGGGAGACGGUGCGAAAAGCUGGCAAAGCCCGGUUUAACUUUGGCGUUUACCCUGGUGGAGAGCCACUCGUCUCCUCUGAUUCAUUCUAAUGUGAGCCCUGGACACAGCGGUCGUGGCCUUGCUCUGCGUCCCUUCCCCGACACACCCAGGUGGGAAACGCCUGAAUUAGAGACAAAAAAGCCUUGCUCCAGAGAGCUCUCCUCUCUCCUGGCGCUUCGCCCGUCGGCACUCAGGUGUUAAAAGAGCGAUUGCUGGCUCGUGGCACUUCCCUCCGUAAGUCACCGUGUUAAUUGUUGCGUUAGUUUACUGUGACCUUGACGUAGCGUCCACCCCUGGUUUAGUUGCUGAUGGAUUAAAUGGAUCUUCAGUAGCUGAGAUGCAAUCUAGCACUUUCCCCAGCUGUAUCCUGAAGAUUGGCAAAAUUCUCGGUCCUUUCCAGAUGACUCCUGUGUUCAGAUCGUUAGAGACUAAAAUACUAGUGUGCGUCCAGAGUCUCACUUCACGGGAUAGUUUAAGCAUGUGCCUGUUCACAUACUCCUUCAUGGUCUCGGUGAAGCCGCAUUCCUCCUUGCUGAAGUAAGUCGGAGGAUGUGGCUUUGAGUGAUUUGUUGCGGUAACUCCUCGCGUUUGCCUCUCAUGUUAUCCCUUUCAUUUGCUUUUACAGUUUGCGAGAUAUUAAAAAAAAAAAAAAAAGAAAAAGCCUCCAUGGAAAGCAAAAGAAAAUGGGGUUUGUAUUCUCUAGCAGCACCGCUGGAAAAUGAAUGACUGUUUCUGAAUCCCGUGGGCUCCCCAGAAUUAUAUUUUGUUGUGAACAUUUGAGAAGUGAGUGAAAAAAAAACACCAAACUAUUUCAACAGCCUAUUUAAUGUGGCGUCGCUCCGUGCCGAGCCCUCGGUCCUGACUCGCGCAGAAUAGGCUGCCGCUCGGGGACCCGUGUAGUGCUGGCUUCACAAAAAGGUGACUACAGGGGCGGCAGCUGGAGGGGGAACUCCUUUCGGCCGUGUCAAGCCACGUACGUUUUCGAGGCUGUACUUUCAUUUGAAAAAUAUUAAUGCUCCUGUUGCAGUUUCCUCUCCCUUUUCAGGGAGCUACAGGCAGAGGUAAACGGUAUUUAGGUGAAGGAUAGCACAGACUGUGGUAAAAGUAGGUGCAGAGAGAAGAAAUGUUCUCUUUGACUCAUGGAAAAUGAGGAGAUCUAGAAAAUCCCAUCGCUACCAGCUUUUCACUGCAUUUUUCCACAGCCUGCAGCAUCGUACUGUCUCUGUAAAAGCAGAUAAGGGGGAGGAGGCUGUCUGAAUUAAAAGGAUGCUGGUUUUACGCUGGUGCUUUUUAUUAUUUAGAACUAUCUCUGCUUUUAUUCCAGUUGUUGGAUUGAAGAUCAGUGGAAACUUUCACAAUGGAAAACCCCAAGGCCUGGCAGGAGCAGAAGGUGCAGUUUGGGAGGCUGGUUUGUUGCAGGGUUUACUUCUUAAAUUUUACAGAUCAGACCCAGGACGGGUUUUGCCGGCUCCCGGUUUCUGUGCACCGGACAAACCCCUCGGUGACUUGUAGAUUCCAGGAGCAUUGAGAUUGUUGGAAAAACUUAUUUCCUCUGUUGCUGAAGCGUAUCGUUUUGCUGUGAAUACAGAUCCUGCGAACGCAGAGCUCGGCUGCGUGUCUUUGCACGCGCUCGAGCCAGCGCAGUUCCUCUGUGCUAUUUUAAAACGUGGUUAGUGACCGGGGAGAUCGAUCCGUACAGACGCUCGGUGUUGAAAUGGUUGCCAAAUCGCGGUGCUCUAAGGAGCUUGCUUUUUAUUUUUUUGCCUUUUUUUUUUUUUGGAGCCUUGUCUUUUUUGUCUUCAGCCUGCCCUGGGCCAGAUGCGAAGUGAGCGGGAGGUGAUACCAAAGCGGAUUUUAAAAAUACCGAUGCUGAUCGCGACCGGAGGUCGCUUUUUGUGCAACCGAGACACCCUCUGAAAAAAAAAUAUGAGGACUACAGUAAAGCAUGGAGUGAGUUCUAAACUGAGCUCAUGGUCGGGGAGCUCUCAGAGGUGGUGGUGGUGGGGUAGAUCCCGUUGCGAACACCAGUAGCCCAGUAAAUACCAUGCUGGGGGCGGUUUGGGGCGAACCUCCUUGCUUUCCCUCUCUUUGCAGGGCAGGGCUGAGCGAUUGCAAUAGGGCAAAGUCACUUGCUGGCUUCUCCUUCAGUGAGACCAUCCCAGGACUCUGACAACUUUACCAGUGAGCUGCUGCGUUCAACAGGGUCUUCAGUGAACCGGGGAGCACCUGGCAGGGGUUGGAAGAGGGAGAGCAAACAGCUUUGGGCUGAUGUUCUCCACCACCUUGACUUUAGAACCGGUGUUUCUCCUCCCCCCCGCUGUUGCCCUUUUAUCUUGGGUGCGGGAGGGCCUGGGAGGAGAGAUCCUCAGAGCUGUCUGGCAAUCGGCACUUCCACUGGUUUGAAGUGCGGUGCUUGACCCUCCUGAAAAUCUACACCUUAGAUCUUCAGGUAAAGUCAGAAAUAGUUUAUGGGUUGCCAUUUCCAAGAAAACUUAGCCCUGGUGCAUUGUAACACCCGCCUCUGAGCCUGGUGCUCUGCUCACAACCUGAAACUGCCCUUUGUGUUGCCCAAACCCGCCUCCCUUGGCUGUAUUGUCUGCCCUGAGCCGGCUGGUAACGCUGCACCCUCGGCACCUUGGCCGUAAGGGAUCCAAAUCCUGCAGUCUGGCGCCCGGGCGUUUGCUCCGAGCUUGUGCUGGUGGAUGCUUGGCUGGUUUAGGCCAAGCUUUACCCGUCUGGCAGGGUGAUCUCUUACCAUGUGCCGCUGUUUCCAAAAGGAAAAUAUGUAUAUGUGUGUGUGUGUGUGUCAGUUCGCCGGAGACCGCGCUCUGUGUCCCGUGUCAGCCUCAUCCUGUUCGUGUCUUGUUCGGUGUCCCGUUUCUCUCGCCUACCAAUAAAGCAUUUGUGAAAA